AUGGUCUUAGGGCAGGAUACCACCAAAUCCGGAUGCAUGAUGAUGGCAUUCAUAAGACUGCAUUCAGACACACGAGGUUGGGAAUCUCAUAUUGAUCACCUUAGACAAGUGCUGCUGAUUUUGAGAGAUCAACAGUUAUAUGCCAAGAAAUCUAAGUGCAAUUUUGGGGGGUCUUCGGUGGAAUACUUGGGUCAUAUAAUUUCCAAUAAAGGGGAGUCCACGGAUCCCAAAAAAAUAGCUGCUAUUAAAGAAUGGCCUGUUCCUACUGACGUCAAACAGCUAAGGGAUUUUCUGGGCCUUACUGGAUACUACAGGAGGUUUAUCAAGUCUUAUGGGAUGAUAGCAAAACCUUUGACAGACUUACUUAAAAAAGAUGCUUUCAAAUGGUCUGAUCAAGCUACUGCAGCAUUUGAACAUCUAAAAGAGGCUCUUAUGCCACCUCCUGUAUUAAGCCUACCAGAUAUGUCUAAGGUUUUUACGGUGGAAACUGAUGCUUCGGGUAAGGGUAUAGGAGUUGUGUUGAUGCAAGAGGGUCACCCUAUUGCAUUUAUAAGUAAAGCACUGUCAUCAAGACAACAAGCAUUGUCUAUCUAUGAGAGGGAACUGUUAGCAAUUAUCUUUGCUAUUUAA